AUGCUUCGCCUAUUCAGCUCUCGUACAGCUGGGAAGUUGACUGAUACACGCCCCUCUUUGAUUUCUUGGUACUCCAGCUUGACAAUGGCUACCGGGGCUGCGCAAAGGUUCCGUCCAGUGGUGGUAUCGGGUCCCUCUGGGACUGGAAAGUCUACUUUGCUCAAGAGACUUUUCGCUGAAUACCCCGAUACUUUCGAUUUAUCAGUGUCUCAUACCACUCGAGCUCCCCGUCCCGGGGAAGUAAAUGGACGCGAGUAUUACUUCACAACUAAAGAAGAUUUCCUGGAUCUCGUGAGCAAGAAUGCCUUUAUCGAGCAUGCGCAGUUUGGCGGCAAUUACUACGGCACUACUGUGCAGGCAGUGAAGGAUGUUGCGCAGAAGGGCAAGAUCUGCGUUCUCGACAUUGAGAUGGAGGGCGUGAAGCAAGUCAAGCGCACCGAUCUUGAUGCCCGAUUCUUAUUUCUAGCGCCCCCGUCCAUUGAAGAACUAGAGAAAAGACUGCGUGGGAGAGCAACCGAGACUGAGGAGAGCUUGACGAAACGCCUUGCCCAAGCUAAAAACGAAUUGGAAUAUGCUGCGCAGCCUGGCUCUCAUGAUAAGACCGUCGUGAACGAUGACCUAGAGAAGGCCUAUAGGGAGCUGCGGGAUUGGAUUGUCGACGGUGGUAACUUUGGAGCGCGUCAAUGA